UCUGUCCCAUUACGUGCCGCUUAUACCAACUCGAUCGUAAUUCACGAUGUUGAGGAGGAAGCAAUCGAAGCCCGCUCGCCCGUCACCCUUGACGCGGUUUAGCACGAGCGUGGUGAGCUUGCUCAAGGGCCAGCCAAGCGAGCCCCGAAUUUUGGUGUUGCCCGAUAAUGAGACGCGAGGGAUUACAGACAGCCCAACCAGUUCGAUGCUAUCCCUCCCACUGAUAGAAGAGCCUACGAGCAUCCAGCUUACGGAUGAUAGCAAACAGCAAGAGAUUGCAGAUCUCCAUGGGAAGCUCCAAGAAGCCGCGCUGGCGAUUGAGAGCCGAGCUCAAACCAUGCAUUCCCUGGAAGAGCGGAUACGUUCAUCAUCAGCGACGAUCGAGCUUCAAAAGUCAGCUUUGCUCGAGGCCGAAGAGGCCAAAGCGACUGCUGAGGCAGCGAAAGUAAGGGCCGAGGAGGAGUUAUCUGGCACACAACAACAGCUCGCUUCAACGCGAGCUGAGCUCCACGAGACGCUGAAUGGGUUCGCGGCCGUGCAAAGAGAGUUGGAGAAUGCAACAGCUCUGACAGAGUCGAAGGUGGCCGAAGCGGAUGCAGAGCGUCGAUCUCGGGCUGCAAUCGAAGAGGAACUAUAUGACGCCCACAAGCAGAAGCAAGAGCUGGAGACUGCGCAUCUGCAGACCGUGAGAGCGCUCGAUGUGAAGACAGCGGAGAUGGAGACGGAACGCACAGCACGCGAGAAGAUCGAGCGGCAAUGUACGGAGCUCGAGAGAUCGCACUUGCAGACCACUGUAGAGCUUCAGGAGAGAAUCGCCGAAGCUGACGCCGCGCGCGAUCUCCAAGCCAGGCUGGAGCGAGAGCUAUGCGCGGCGCAACAAGACAAACAACAGCUCGAAAAUACUCUCGCGAGCGUUCGAGCGGAACUGGAAGCACAGAUCCGCGAGACAGAUGCAGCGCGUGCUGCUCUCGCAAGCAUCCGAGCGACGCUGUCUACCACAAAGUCGGUCAAACAAGACUUGCAAGACGCGCUAUCGCGCACCGCAGCAGAGCUCGAGACCAAGUCGUCCGAGCUGGACACAAUACGAGUUUCCCUGGCAGGCAUCCACCAGACACUGGCUGCCACCCAGUCGGCCAACCAAGACUUGCAGGACACGCUAGCGCGGACAGCGGCCGAGCUUGAUACCAAAACAUCCGAGCUAGAAGCAGAGCGCAUCGCGCACAACAAGCUCGAGGAGACGCUCAGCACGAUGCAGGCGGAACGGCGAGAGACGGCGGCGACGCUGACGCGCAUCACCGGAGAGUUGCAGGCACACCUCGCCGAACUUAAAGAGGGACGCAGAGCGCGUGCCGCGAUCGAGGACCAGCUGCGUGCCCGCACUUCCGACCUCGAAAAUACCAUUCUCCAGCUCCGGAAAAACAACGACCAGCACUGUCAACGGAUUACGGAGCUCGAGGCGCAACUCCAGCAAUCCACGCAGGCGUUGCAGGAUGCCACGCGCGAGCAUGCAAACGCAUUGGCCCACGUCGACGGCCGCACGGAGCAGCUUUCGCGCGACCCUGCCACGACUCGGGAGCUGAGCACGAUGCUCCCCCGAAUGAUGCGGGAACUCAAUUCUAACUGGCGGCUGCCGGCCAUAGCUGGGAUCAUCGACCUGAUCCUCACUGGAAUCGGUACGCUCGUCUUGGCCACAAUGCUCACCAAUAGCAUAUUAUAUUCCUGAGCCCCGGUUCGAGGUUAACGUUAUGCUUCAAGGUCCGUUGUGUUUAACUUAUACAUCGGUUCAUAUUGGGUCAAGUUUCCUGCCGGGAUGUUGAAAUGUUGGACAAGUUAUUUGUUAUCCAGUGUUCGCUGUCAGUGUUCAAUUUUAUAAAUGCGCUCGUGAUAUGC